AAAGACAGCAGCGCACUGGGCAUCGCCCGCCAAAAAGUCAGCUUGGGCCCACUCCACGUGACCGUUAAAGCGUACCGGCUUUUUUGGGAUUCCUUUGACAGCCGUGACGUUUUUUUCAUUGCUACCCUCCUUUCGAACAAUGGUCGCAGUAACCCGGAAAUUGAGAAUCCUCUGUUUACAUGGGUAUACUCAGAACUCAAUCGCCUUUUCGAAAAAGACAGCUGUACUUCGAAAGGCUUUGAAGGAUAUGGCAGAAUUAGUGUAUGUCACUGGACCCCAUAAGGUUUUAGAACCCGAGUUUCUGACAGUUGAGGAGAGACAGGCGGCGGCUGAGCAGGAGGUGUCCGAAGAAUUGAUGCCAUAUGCGUGGUUUUUCGGCCGAAAGGAUGAUGACAAAUAUGAAGGAUUUGAAGCAUCCGUCUCUUUCCUGAAAGAUGUCAUGAUAAAGCAGGGACCCUUUGACGGUGUAUUUGGCUUCUCGCAGGGAGCGGCUAUGGCAGCGCUUCUAUGUGCUAUGCUAGAACACCCAUCGGCCCUACCUGGAUUGAUACCGGAGGACUUUGAUCAUCCACGAUUUUUAUUUUCCAUUAUUUGUGCAGGGUUUGUAUCACGAGCUACCGCUCACCAGCCCCUAUUUGAAAAAAUCAUCCAGACGCCUAGCCUUCACAUCAUGGGCGAAUUGGAUACCUUGGUGGCCCCUGAGCGAAUGAUGGCCCUGGCAGAACGCUUCCACCAGCCAGAUAUAUUCCGACAUGCUGGAGGACAUUUUGUUCCUACCAAUGCCGCCAGUAGGAACACCAUUAAAGACUAUGUAGGAAAAUACACUGUUCCAAGUGAUGAUAAGCAAUAGAUCCCAUAGACUAUCAGUAACCCCGCCCGGACCCUCUUUUUUUUUUUUUAUUAUCUGCAUGGCAUUAGACAUCU